CCGUUCCUGCUCAGGUUUAUCCCACUCCGCGUUCAUCUCUUCCGUGUAACAAUAGAGGGAUCGAACAAAAUGCAAGUGACGGGAAACCGAGCAAACCAGUGAUUCUCCUGGAGGGAAGCAUGCAACGGGGCCGCCAGGCCGGAUGCUGCGUUUUUGUUUGUAGCUCGCAGACUUCGAUCUGCUUGAUUUCACUGACGUGCUCAUCGCAGAGGCAUUUUCGACUGUUUCCACGCGGUUGGCGAUUAGCUUUGACUCCACUCAGCUGUAACAGUCCAGCGAAAUUUCCGUCUCGUCAUCUUUCCUAGAUGCCUAGGCACGAGACAGGAGUCACAGGAGUCCACAUCUGUCUUCCACUAUGCUCUGUCGUUCUUCUCUCCUAUACUUUCUUACACCUCUUUCCUGCUAGCUACUAGGGACCUUUGUCCUUUUGCUUCAGUGAUAAGUAAGGAACAAUCUGUGGGUGGAUAACAAAGCUUGACCUGACUCAGAGACUCGGAAUCUUUGGCUCUUGCCCCCGCGUCUUCUGGGAAAAGACGCUAAAGUUCGACAGGCCCAGUGCUGCCGGCUCCCAUAUGAGUGGGGUAGUAACCGAGCCAAGACUUAAUUCCGUGGUACAUUCUACAUAGAGGCUUCAUCGAACUCAGGACCUUUGGCUUAAUGGAAAGGCCUGUCACCAUUGCGUCAGGUGGCUGACCAAGACAGCUUGACUUGACUCCCACCUUCCAUGAAAUGCACUGGCACUCAGCCAAAAGACUUCAGGAGUUCGACACAUACAUUGAAUCGCAAAAUCAAUAUUUACAUUACUUCACUCCAUUACGAUUCACAACAGCUAAAGCCGCUCCAUGACCAUGGGCACAGUUGUCGGUGAGAUGCUUGCAUCGGCUGUCCUGAAGGUGGUCAUGGGGAAGCUUGGUGCGGUUAUUGGGCCUGAGGUCAACAUGCUGUGGAAGUUCAAGGAUGAUCUUGAGUCGAUCAGGAGCACUCUGUUGACUCUCCAAGCUGUAUUGAAUGACGCUGAGAAGCGGUCUUCACGAGAGGAACGUGUGCGCCUCUGGCUCAAGAGGCUUAAGUUUGCUGCUUAUGACAUUCAUGACAUUUUAGAGGAAAUGGAAUCAAAUAAUGACAUUGGCUAUGGUUCGUUUAAGAAGCUUAGCGCACACAUUACCAUUGCUCACAAGAUGAAGAAGAUGAGGCAGAGGUUGGAGAAGAUUAAGGAAGAAGCAAAACUGGAUAUAUUCAAUUUUAAGGCUGAUUGUUGCUCCUUGGAUGAAAAUGUUAAUAGCAGGGCUACGUUUUCUUGUAUCAGUGAAGAUAUUGUGGGGAGGUCCACGGAGAAAGAAACUAUAGUUGCUAUGUUGACAACAUAUAGUGAAGAAGAGAUUUUGACCAUCUGUAUUUAUGGUUUUGGUGGCCUUGGUAAGACCACUCUUGCCAGGUUAGCUUUCAAUGAUGAAAAUGUUGGGGGAGUUUUCGAUUACCGAGUAUGGGUCUACGUAUCUAUGAAAUUUGAUCUGAAGAAAAUUGGUGAAUCUAUACUUUCUGAAAUUGAUGAAGGCAACUGUGGCCACCACGGAAACCUUCAGGAGGUUACUCGUCAUCUCCAAAGAGUACUUGAUGGCAAGAAAUUCUUGGUUGUUCUUGAUGACUUAUGGGAAGACAAUUGGAUCCAAUUGCAAAAUCUGAAGGCAAUGCUCAGCUGUGGUGCAAAAGGAAGUAAGAUCGUUGUGACUACACGCACUGGGAAGAUUGCUUCCCUGAUGGAUCAUUGCAUGCCUUACAAGAUGGAUGUCCUAUCUGAUGAUGAUUGUUGGAUUUUGUUUAAGAGAAGAGCCUUUGUUCCUGGAAGGGAUGAUCCUAGGAUAGAAGUGAUUGGAAGGGAUAUAGUGAAGAAAUGCAAUGGUGUGCCUUUGUCUGCACAAGCUUUGGGUUUCAUGAUGCGGUUCAAGGAAGGGGUGGCUGCAUGGGAAGCAGUGAGGGACAGUGAAAUAUGGGAGAUAGAAGAUCAGAAUAUUAUGCCAUCUUUGAAGCUUAGUUAUUGUCUCAUGCCUUGUCACCUGAAGUUGUGCUUUGCAUACUGUGUAGUUUUCUCCAAAGGAGCUGCCAUAGACAAGGACAUGCUGAUACAGCAGUGGAUUGCACUUGGAUUCAUUCAACCCACUAGUGGAAGCUUGACACAUGUAAAGCGCGGUGAGGAGUACAUCCGUGAACUAGUGAGCAUGUCUUUCCUUCAGGCUUCGAUGUUCUCAUCCUCAGCGGAUAACCAUCACAUGAAAGCUGCAAGGGUAUUCCAGAUGCAUGAUUUGGUGUAUGACCUUGCAAGAUGUGUUGCUAAUGAAGAAUUCCUAUUCAUGGAUGCCAAAAAGAGUGGCAUGACUAGCGCUAGAAAUGAUCAUUAUCGACAUAUUGUGCUGAUGAAUUAUGUUGAGGUACCAAUGAACAGCAAGGCUGCACUUUGUAAGGCAAAAUCACUUCAUUUUAGAGAUUGCAAAAGGCUGCAGAUUUCUGGGAGAUCACUCUCCCUGACCCUGAGUAAAUUCUUGCGAGUCUUGGACAUAAGUGGCUGUUCUAUGUUAGGGUUACCAAGUCAACUUAACCAGAUGAAGCAGUUACGUUAUCUUGAUGCAUCGGGAAUGCAGAAUGAAUUGAAACAGGAGUCUUUCGCUGGUUUAAAAUGCCUAAAUGCACUAAACCUUUCGGCAGGUUAUUUUCAGAAACUGCCAGUUCAAAUAGUUAACCUUGAGAAAUUGCAUUACUUAAACCUUCAUGGUUGUUCUCGUCUCAUGUUAAUUCCUGAGUCCAUUUGUGAACUAAGGGAUCUGGUGCAUCUAGACCUAUCAGGAUGCAUUAACCUACGAGUUCUGCCCACAUCUUUCGGCAAACUCCAUAAAUUAUCAUUCUUGGACAUGUCUGGUUGUCUCAACCUAGUUAGCUUGCCAGAAUCAUUUUGUGACCUCCGUUCCUUGGAAAACCUUAACUUGUCAUCCUUCCAUGAACUUAGAGAGUUGCCGUUAGGCAAUCAUCAAGAACUCCUCAUACUGGACAUGUCCAAUUGUCAUAAAAUCCAAAUUUUACCCAUGUCAUUUUGCAAUCUCCUACAUUUAGAGGAUCUCAAUUUGUCAUGCUGUUAUGAACUUCAAGAACUGCCAGAAGAUUUUGGAAAAAAUCGUGGGCUUCGUAUUCUGGAUCUAAGUAACUGCCACAGACUUCAGACAUUGCCUGAUUCCUUUACUGACCUUGUAAACAUAGAGAAACUGAUCUUAUCCGAUUGCUGGGAGCUAGUACAGCUUCCAGAACUGCUUGGGUUCCUACAGAAAAUUCAGGUUUUGGACCUAUCAUGUUGUUCACAGCUUUUUGCAUUGCCUGAGAGUGUUACUAAGCUCACAAAUUUAGAGCACCUAAAUCUGUCAUGCUGCAUUAGCCUUGAAAAGAUGCCUGGAGACUACGGCAGCUUAAAGAAACUUAAGCUUCUGAACAUAUCAUAUUGUUUUAAGGUCCGUAUCCCUAAUGGCAUAGCCAAUAUGUCUAACCUGAAAUGUUUGAUGGCGGUUGGGUUGGACGGUUACUCUUGUGGGAAUAAGGAUGAUUUCAAUAUUGUAAGUAGCUUACUGUGUAUGCCUAGGAUAGAUUUGAGUAAAAAGGACAGCCCCAUUGGUGACUUCCAUGGGAUCUUGAAGCACAAAAGACUACAUCUUUUUGGUCUCGGCAACGUGCAAAGCAUUGAUGAGUUUGAGAACUUGGGAUUAUGCAGGCAUCAGCAGCUCAACUCACUAAGACUUAGUAGCUCCUACAUGAAUGGUAAUGAAGUGGCUAAAUUUAUCCCAGAUGACAUUGUACUUGAAAAGAUCAUACCUCCAAGGACCCUGGAACACUUUGAACUUUUGGGCUAUCAUGGUUCAGAAUUUCCUGAGUGGAUGCUGAAUCUGACAACCAUUUUGCCAAACCUUGUACACCUUAAGCUUUCUGGCCUUGCUACAUGUGACCAUCUGCCGCCUCUUGGCCAGCUACCAAAUUUGCAGUCCCUGGUCAUAGAAUGUAUACCAAAUGUCAAGGCUGUUGGAGAAGUUUUUGCUGGUGGCAGCAGAGCGUUUCUGAAAUUAAGGGACCUCACUAUCAGUGGUAUGCCAAACCUAGAAAGGUGGCUGACAACUCUAUCAACUACCAAUGAAGAGGCCCAUGUGUAUGUGUUCCCUAACCUUCACCAUCUGAAGGUGUCAUGGUGCCCAAAGUUGAUAUUUGAACCAUCUCUUCCACAGUGCCUUUUAUUGGAAAUUGAUGCAUGUGGUGAGAUCUUGCAAGGAUGGACAGCCUCACAUUCACAAAUAAACCUUAGGCCAACAAGAAGGUUAAGCUUCCAGUUCUGUGACUUAUCAUUUUCAAGGGGGGACCAACUUCAUUUUUUUAGCUCCUUAAGUUCACUUAAGUUCCUGACAGUAAGGUCAUGCGAAGGUCUGGACACUUGGGGAGAAAGUAUAGGAACAUUAACCAGCCUUGAGGUGUUGGAGCUUUCACUCUGUGAUAUACCAAUGUUUUUGGGAAGAAUCGCUUCGUUGCAGAGUCUGAGUAUUGAAAUGUGCCAUCUACCUUGUGAUUUUUCUCAUUACUUGCUACAGCUUCCAUUCUUGCGGCAGCUACAAAUUGUUUGUUGCAACGCUAAGUUAGAGUUACCUGGUGAAAUAACCAGAGCCAUCUUGGCUCGUAUUCCAAAUAUCAGCAUACACAAUGUCGGAUGUGUCAGGCAUAUAGAACAGGAGAAUGGUAUAUGCCAAAAUGUUUCAGUUGACAAGGUCGGAUGUACGAGCUCUAUCGACGUUAUAGUUGUGCCUCCGCGAGUCCGAGCUGACCCAGCAGCGAGUCAGAAUCCAGCAGUUGUUGCCAGGAGGAUGGUUCUGAAGUCACCACGCCUAAGGAUCAAAAGGCCUGUCGUAGUGGCACAGCUGAUGAAGGGCAGCCACCGCAAGCGGCCCGCAGCCAGGAAAACAAGAACUGGGGACAAGGCUUCGAGUAGCACCCGCCAGGGAACGCCGAAUGACAGCAAUAUCACGGGUGAGGUAGAUAUUGGAGAUCUUAUCGACUUCCUUCGGGAGGAGUACGGAUGUCGAGGAACGUCGACAAGGAGCUAUCAGGCGCGGCAAAUGACGGUGAUGAGCGGAUUCUCAUGUAUGAACUUAUUCUGCUAGCGUCGUGUCGUGUAUAGGCAGAGUCAUUGAAAAAAAUGCAAACGUGAAGGCGGCUCAAGACGGCUUCGCCAAAAUGCCCACUGAGCCAUGUAACUCGUCAAAAUACCCAUGUCAACAUGAAAACAUUGAUGUAAUGCUCAUACCUCUUUAUAUAUUAUGUUUUGUA